AUGGCCGCAUCAAAAGCCCUUGUCUUCGACAUCGGCGAUGUGCUCUACAAUUGGGAAGCCCCUCCGGUAGGGACCACCACCAUCCCGCCAAAAAUGCUGCACGCCAUGAUCAAAACGUCAAUUUGGGCCGACCACGACAUUGGCAAAUACAACGAAGCUGUCUGCUUCGCCAAACUUGCAGCAGAAUUCGACCGAACUCCCGCCGAGGUCGACCUUGCCAUUUCCUGGAUUCGGGAUGGGCUCCAAUUGAAUCAAGCGUUGGUUGAUCAACUGCGAUCACUGAAGACAAAUCCCAAUGUACAGGGACUGUAUAUCAUGUCGAAUAUCUCACACGAGUUACUCACUCAUUUACGAAGGAAAGAUGAUGGGAUGGAUUGGGAUCUUUUCAAGGGAACGUUUGCUUCGGGGGAGGUGGGGUUGCGGAAACCAGAUGCCGCAUUCUAUGAGCUUGUGCUUCAGAGGGUUGGUCAUCCGGCUGAGGAUGUCUUUUUUGUCGAUGAUAAGAAAGAAAAUAUUGAUGCUGCUCGAGCAUUGGGGAUUUGCGGCGUCGUUUAUACCGGUAUGGCAGACCUGGAGGUCGCCAUCAAAGACUUCUUAGGGUGA